AUGGCCAUUCACUGUUUGCAUGUGUCUGAAGAUCUGGGAUUUUCUCAAAACGACGGCGCAUUUUACACCCAAGACGCUGUUUAUAUUACCGCAGCGCGGCGAACGAAGCGUGAGGCGAACUCGACCCGCGACGGAAAGCAACUUUUAUUUUUGCAGUCGCGACAGAGCGACGAUCUACAUUGUGAAACCACUUUAGGGAAAAAAGGAACUUGUAAGAGUUUUCGCGAUUGCUAUCCACUGUUCAAAGUCGUCGAUUUGUCCGGAUAUGACGGGUGGGUCAUGGGGCAUUACGACACUUGUAGCUACGCCAGCGGGGAGAACAAAGAAGUUUUCGGAGUGUGUUGCACGGAACCGGUAGGCACACCGCCGCAGCAGGAGCCCGAUGUACAAAGGCUCGGUGUCAUCCGCCCAGCCUUGCCGCUUCAGAUCACGCCAAUGCAAAUACCGGGUUUUUUGGGCAGACCUCAGGCCUCGGCGUAUUCUCAAUGGUUCUACAACAACAUGAAUCAACGUCAAAUCCCAGCGCAGUGGCCGCCGGCAUUGCCUCCGCUGCCAACACACCCCCCUAACCACACCCCCGCAACGCAUCCACCUUCUCUAGUCGCCGGACAGGUAACUCCAGCUCCACCGAACGCUUCGCCCAGUCCGCCUACAACCACUUGGGGCACGAAACCACCCAGCACAACGAAGCAAACGUGGCCCCCGAUUUAUCCGACGCAACCCACGAGGCCGCCGACACAGCCCGGAGCCGAUGGCUCAUGCGGCCUCAAAAAUGGUCCACAGACAUACGAGAGCAUUCAAGACGAAGAGCGGAUCGUAGGCGGACAAAACGCAGAUUUGAACGAGUGGCCGUGGAUAGCGGCUUUGUUCAACGGAGGUCGACAAUUUUGCGGAGGCUCGCUCAUAGAUGACAAACAUGUGCUCUCAGCGGCACAUUGUGUGGCUCAUAUGACAUCUUGGGAUGUGGCACGUUUGACCGCGAGGUUAGGUGACUACAACAUAAGAACGAACACCGAAACGCAACAUAUAGAAAGAAAAAUCAAGAGGGUAGUUAGACAUCGUGGAUUUGACAUGCGCACCUUGUACAACGACGUAGCCAUUCUGACUUUGGACCAACCCGUUACAUUCACAAAGAACAUCAGGCCCAUAUGUCUGCCUUCGGGUGGUCGCGCGUACGCCGGACUCAUUGCGACCGUCAUCGGGUGGGGCAGCUUACGUGAAAGUGGACCGCAGCCAUCCGUUUUGCAAGAAGUAUCCAUACCGGUGUGGUCAAACGCUGAAUGCCGUCUGAAGUACGGCUCCGCCGCACCUGGAGGUAUAGUGGAGCACAUGCUAUGUGCCGGAAAAGACAGCAUGGACUCUUGCAGUGGCGACAGUGGCGGUCCGCUGAUGGUAAACGAAGGCGGUCGAUGGACACAAGUCGGCAUUGUAUCCUGGGGAAUCGGAUGCGGAAAGGGUCAGUAUCCCGGAGUCUACACUCGAGUCACCGCCUUCUUACCCUGGAUUCAGAAGAACUCUAAGUAG